GUUCCAAUGUCGCCAGUCGCACUCUCCUCGCAAUUAGCCGCCGUUCUUCAUGGAAAACGAGACCUCCGCCUUGAACAACGAACAUUGUGGCCUCCUCAACACGGUUUCGCCCAAGUCAAAGUGCUCGCGACUGGCCUCUGUGGAAGUGAUCUGCAUUACUACGCUCAUGGACGAAAUGGCGACUUUGUGCUCCGGUCACCCCUCAUACUCGGGCAUGAAGCGGCUGGUGUCGUGACUGCUGUCGGGCCUGGUGUGAAGGGGCUGAGCGUUGGAGCCCGUGUUGCGAUUGAGGCGGGUAUCAUGUGCAACAAAUGCUCGUUUUGUUCCUCUGGGAGAUACAACCUUUGCAAGGACCUUCGUUUCUGCAGCUCAGCCAAGACAUUCCCCCACCUCGAUGGCACUCUCCAAUCAUACAUUAAUCACCCUGCCCAUCUUCUCCACCCUUUACCAGAAGCAUGCUCGUUCGACGAUGGAGCCCUCGCCGAACCGCUAUCUGUCCUAUUGCAUGCCUCUCGCCGCUGUCAACUCUCCCAAGGUCAAACCGUUUUGGUAUUUGGUGUUGGAGCCAUAGGUCUGCUGGCAUGCUCCGUGGCCAAAUCCAAAGGUGCAUCGCGGGUUGUCGCGGUCGACAUCAAUCAAGCUCGCCUGGACUUUGCCACAUCCAACGGUUUCGCUGACGAUUCAUUCUGUUUACCUAUGGGCGACAAGACAGACGACGCUCUGGGACGCGCCAAAGAAAAUAUUCAGGCAGCUCUCGACAAGUUCGGCGCCACCGAUGGCUUCCACGUCGUGUUCGAAUGCACCGGCGCCGAGCCGUGUAUCCAGAUGUCUGUCCAUGCCGCAGCAAUCGGUGGGAAGGUCAUGCUAAUCGGCAUGGGGUCUCGCAAUGUCCUUCUCCCGCUCUCAGCUGCAGCUACUCGUGAGGUGGACCUCAUUGGCUCAUUCCGAUAUGCCAACACAUACCCCGAAGCACUCGAUCUCCUCGCAAGCGGCAAACUCGGUCCGAUCAAUAGACUCAUCACCCAUCGCUUCACUCUGAACGAAACUCGCUCUGCGUUCGACCUCCUAAUACGGGGAUUAGACGAAGAGAAUCGCAUAGUCAUCAAGGUGGUCAUUGGCCCCAGCGACGAGUCAACAUCAUGA